AUGGCGGGCAUGGGCGAGAUGUCGAUGAGGCCGCGGCCGGGCCCGCCGAUGCACCGCGGCCCGCCUCCCAUGGCGCGCCCCCGCCCCGAACCCAUCGACCGCGAGAAGACCUGCCCUCUCCUGCUGCGGGUUUUCACCAAGGUUGGUGGCCAUCACCUGAAUGAAGAAUUUUCCGAGAGAGGGAAGGAGCCAAAAGAUGAAGUUCAGAUUUACACGUGGAAGGAUGCCACACUCCGGGAGCUCACUGAUCUUGUCAAAGAGGUUGCUCUUCCAGCAAGGAAAAGAAACGCUAGGUUAUCUUUUGCUUUUGUAUACCCGGAUAAGAAUGGUCGUUUUGUUGUCAAACAGGUGGGUUCGACCUUUUCUUAUGGUCAUGGAAGAGGGGAUGAUGCCAAAUCUCUUGGGGACCUUGGCUUCCAGAUAGGUGAUUACUUGAGCGUUUCGAUCAUGUGA